AGUAGCUUCCGUGAUUUUGUAACUUUCACUAGGGUGUAAACAUUAAAUACUCAGCUACAAUAAGUUUCCUCAUGCCGCUAUUUCUCUACAGCCAAUCAUAACCUCUUGUUAACGUUUUGUCGCUUUGUUGCUGUAGCGCUAAUGAAAUAUCGGUUUUAUAGUGGUCGAUCUGUGUUGAGCUGAAUAGAACGCGUGGGUACGGUUUGGCAUUCAAAAACUUGGUUAAUUUCAUCUAUAUUUAGACAUAAGAAGGGAGAUAAUUGACAACAACUGCAAUAUUCACCAUGGUUGUUUUCACGUGCAAUCAUUGCGGAGAGUCAUUGAACAAGCCUAAGGUCGAGAAGCAUUAUCUAUUUAAAUGCUUCAACCCCAAGUUUGUUACAUGCGUGGACUGUUUGAAGGAUUUUCGGGAUGAAGAAUUUGUGGCACACACUAAAUGCAUAUCCGAGAAUGAGAGGUAUGGUGGUAAAGGUUAUGUUCCAAAACCUAAUGCGAAUAAAGGUGAACGAAAACAACAAGAAUGGAUUAAUGUUGUGAAGAAUGUGCUUGCCAAUUCUACUGAUUUGACUACCGCAGAACGAUCUAUGUUAAAUACUUUGUCUAAGCAUGAAAACAUACCUAGGAGGAAGACAAAAUUUUUAAAUUUUAUUAAUAGUAUUUUUGGUAAUAAAGUACCUAUGUAUGUAGUAGACAGUGUUUGGAAUAAAAUGGAGUUAUCAUUUAAAGCAACUACUGAGAGUUAUGAGAACACGCAAAAGACGAACGAGGACAAAGAAGUAGAUACAAAUAGCUCAAAUGAUGCCUUGGUUAAGGAUCUGCCAGGAAGCAACAUUGCCGAGAAUGAAAAUAAUGAAAAUUUAUGCAAGGAAAAUAAAGAACCAGCAGACAAGCAAAAGAAGAAAAAGAAGAGACAGGAAAGUAUGGAACAAUCCGAAACUGACGAGCAGCCAAAAGCAGAUGGAUGUACCAAGAACAAGUCAAAAAAGAGACGAGCACCCGUAGAUGUAACGACACAAGAGGAGCAACCUGUAAUCAAGAAAGUAAACCAGGACAUUCUUGAAUCGGUUGUUGAUUCUUCUAUAAUUGACUUGCAACAGACUGAACAAAACGGUAUUAACACAGAAUUCGACUGGAAGAAUUCCAUUCUGGAGACAGUUCGUUCAAAGGGAGAAAUAUCAUUAAGAAAACUAAAGAAAAAGGUCGUGACACGAUAUUUGAACCACUGUUCCAAUGCUGUGGCACCUGAAAAAGCCGAGAGCAAGUUUGCAAAAAAACUUGGUAAAUUGACCAACAUAACUGUCAACGAUGGCAAAGUAACGCUAAUUUAAGUAGACUACUUUCUAAAUGGAACAAUAAAAAAUUGUUUCCAAACCUUUGGAUCCUAUGUCUCGUAUCCCCCAUUUUUCUCGUUUAGAAUGAAAUUUCAAAAUUAUCGCCAUUUAAUUGUACGGAAUACAAAUUUGUGAACCAUU